AAAGUGAUUGUUGGUGAAGAGGAGCAGCAGGAGUAUAGCUCCAAUGUGGACCAGGAGGAGCCAAAGCCCCCCCCACACAUUAAAGAGGAACUGUGGAGCAGUCAGGAGGGAGAGCAGCUUCAAGGGCUGGAGGAGGCUGAUAUCACCAAGUUCUCAUUCACUCCUGUCCCUGUGAAGAGUGAAGAUGAUGAAGAGGAAGCUCAGUCCUCACAGCUUCAUCAGAGACAAACUCAACACAUGAAAACAGAAGCUGGUGGAGAGGCCUGUGGAGGACCAGAACCAGCCAGGAACUCACAUCCACUUUUACAACCAGAGACUGAAGACCAGACUGGAGAGUCUUCGGAGACGGAUGUCAGUGAUGAUUGGGAGGAAAGCAGGGGCCGUCUGUCAGGUUUAAACUCUCUGAGAGAUAAUGUAAGUCAGGCUGACAAAGAGUUGCUCAUCUGCUCUGAGUGUGGGAAGACAUUCGGCCACAAGACAAAUCUUAAGAGACACAUGCGGUGCCACACUGGAGAGAAGCCGUUCGGCUGCUCGUUUUGCAGUAAGAGCUUCAAUCGGAGGGAACACUUGGUGGCUCAUGUGAGGUGUCACUCGGGAGAGAAGCCGUUCAGCUGUUCAGUCUGCGACGCCAGUUUCAGUCACGGCUGGAGUCUGGAGAAGCACAUGAGAGUCCACACUGGCGAGAAGCCAUUCUGCUGCUCUCUCUGCAGCAGAAGCUUCCGGCAGCGCUCGGAUUUGGUCGCACACUUCCGCAUUCACACGGGAGAAAAGCCUUUCUGCUGCUCGGUGUGCGACGCCAGUUUCACCCAGCGGCACACUCUGGUUCAACACACCAGAACUCACACGGGUGCCAAACCGUUCCCCUGCUCGGUGUGUGGGAGGAGUUUCUCCCGGAAGGGACACAUGACGCGGCAUAUGGCGGCGCACAGCAGGGAGAAAGCAUUCAGCUGUGGCGUCUGCGGCCAAAGCUUCAUGUGGCAGUCGCAGUUUAAAAGACACGAGUGUGCCGGGGAGAGCAGCCGAGAGGCGACACAGAGGUAACGCAACCGUGGACGCGUUUUCUCACAGCGUUGGAGGCUAUGAAUGUAUG